ACCUUUUUUAAUAUACUCUGAGCGUGUACGUGCCGUGUUGUUGCUGUGUUUUUAAUUGCAUGUUACCCCGAGUCCAGACGGUGUGUUGCAGCGAUGGGAAGAUUCCAUCGUCUCCAAAAGGAAUGAAGCUUCACGAGGAGUAAAAUGAGAGAACCCUAUACACCAUGUAUUCAUCAAAGUUUUUGUGGCCAUCCACCAAAUUCAGAAGACGACAGUUCCUCUGUUUGUUUCUGAUCAUCAUCACGACAUUUUUCAUCUUUUCAUUACUGUAUACAGCGGAAAAGACUAACAAGUACAGGAGGAUAGCAUUAGGUUUGCUAUCUAAUGCUGUUCAUCUCAACUUCCUUGCCCCCAAAACACCAUGCAGUCUCCCUUUGUACAACUCUUCCCAUGGUCCAAUUAAUGCAGACACUGACACAGUGCCUGGUCUGUCAGAGCUGGUUGAAGAGCUAGGACCCAACCUCGUACCUGGAGGACAUUUCAUUCCUCCACACUGCAGAUCUCAGCACAGGGUAGCCAUCAUUGUACCAUUCAGAGAGAGACAAAUACAUCUAAAAAUAUUUCUGCGGCACAUGCACCCAUUUCUGCAGAGGCAAAACUUAGAAUACGGAAUAUUUGUGGUCGAACAGGCUGAAGGGCAGCUGUUCAACAGAGCCAUUCUUAUGAACAUCGGUUUUGUGGAGUCGUUAAAGCUUCGUGAUUAUGACUGUUUUGUCUUUCAUGACGUUGACUUAUUACCUCUAGACGACAGAAAUUAUUACACCUGUGGGGAUCACCCAGUUCACCUCAGUGCUUCAAUUGAUGUCCAUGGCAACAGAUUAAUGUAUCAGAACAUAUUUGGUGGGGCGUCUAUGCUAACAAGAGAUAUGAUGUCACGGGUGAAUGGUUUUUCCAAUGUUUACUUUGGAUGGGGUGGGGAGGAUGAUGAUAUGUCAUACAGAGUGCGAAGUCAUGGCAUGCUGAUAUCUCGUUAUGAGCCAUGGGUUGCAACAUACACUAUGAUGCGACAUGCCAAAGAAAACCAAGAAGACAGAACACAGCUGCUUGCAUCAAGCCGAAAUCGAAUCCACAAAGACGGCCUCAACACUCUGAAAUACAAACUUCUUGAUCUCAAGUUACUUCCCCUGUACACAUGGGUGUAUGUUCAAGUCAACCAGACGCAGCUAUUGGAUGAUUUAAAUGUCACACUGAAGAAAUCAACCAAUCGAAAACAUGAUAAACAUGACUAACUUUUAUUGCUUUAUAACAGUGUAA